AUGGCGGGUCCACUCUCACACAAACCUCCAACUCCACUCCAGACACCGCCAUGGGCGGUCCCGCGGCGCAGCCCAAAGGAGGACGACGCGGAACGACCGUGGGGAGCCCAAGCCUCCAACGGACGCGGUUUGCGCCGAGCUUCCACGGAGCGCGCAGCGACCAUGGACUCACUGCCGUCAGUCCUGCCGCUGGAUGCGGGAAAUGCGGCAGAGCAGCGGUCCCCCGGCGACUCACAGUCUCCGUGGCCAGCAGCCGACUUCCUCCGCGGCCCUUUUGACGGCCACGCGGCAGCGGAGCCGGCGAUCCACUCCACCGAAUCUCCUUCCGCUCCAAGCAACGACCCCCCCGCGCCCCCCGCUCCCCUAGAAGCUCCUUCCGCGCCCGCUCCCUCCGCCGCCAUGCCGCAUUCCUCUUCCGCCGCCGCCACUGCCCCUGCAGCAGGCGCGCCUGUAUCGAGCGCGCCUGUGACGAGCGCGGGCGCAUCGAGCGCGGCGAUGGCGGAGCAGUACCGCGCGCUGCUGGAGAAGGCGUACGGGAAGUUUGCGCGGCUGCGCGAGCUGCCGCUGUACGGGCGGCAGCGGUGGGAGGCGCACUUCCACAAGGCCUUCAGCGUCUACUCGCGCCUCUGGCGCUUCCAGCAAGAGCACCGCGCGCGCCUCGUCGAGAUGGGCCUCAAGCGGUGGGAGAUCGGCGAGAUCGCGUCACGCAUAGGGCAGCUGUACUACAACUACUAUCUGCGCACGGGCGACGCGAGCUACCUGCUAGAGGCGUUCAUAUUCUACGACGCCAUUCACAGGCGCGAGUAUUUCAGAGAGGCGGCGCGCAGCGAGGCGGCGGUGGCGCACAAGCAGCUGCGGUGGCUGGCGCGGUUCACAGUGGUGUGUGUGCUGCUGGGGCGGCGGGACAUGCUGCGCCACCUGCUCUGGCAGCUGCGCAUGGCCGUCGAUGACUACUCCCGCUCCUUCCAGGCAUCAGAUGCAGCGGAGUGGAAGGGCGUGGUGCACGAGGCGGUGCGCUUCCUGCGCGCCGACUGGCCGUCCGACUGCCCGCGGCCGCUGCGCUACAGCGUGCUGCUCGACCCGCCCCCCGGCGCCCUCCCCCCCGUCGCCGCCCUCAUGCUGCCCGCCGCCCCGCGCGCGCUCUCCCUGCAGGAGGUCGUUCUCACCAGCUUCUAUCCCCUCGAGGUCAAGCUGAGCGAGGUCACACUGGACGCCUUCCGCAUGCUACAGGCGGUGGAGUGGCUGCCCUCGGGUUUCUUCCUGCCCUCCAAGCAAGGCGGCGUCGCCACGCAGGGCUUCACCGCCACGGGCGGCGCGGGCGGCGGGGGCGGCGAGGGGCCGCGGCUGGUGGGUGGCGCGGAGGAGAACGUGGUGGAUCCGAGCCUGCCGCCCAACCCGCAUAAGUACGUGCUGCACCGCCCGUCCGUGCCGCACCUGCUCAUGGUGCUGGCAACGGCAGUGGAGGAGCUACCUGCUGAUGCCGCCCUACUGCUCUACCUCUCUGCUGCCGGCUCCCUCGCCCCCACUGCUGCCCCCGCCCUUGCCUCCUCCUCGCAAUCUCCUGCUGCCUCCACUGCUGCUGCUAGCAGUGCUGCCGUGGCGCCAGAGGCAGCUGCUGUGGGUGGCGCCCCUGCAGCAGCAGCAGCGACGGCAGAGGCAGCAGAGGGUGGCGCUGGUGGCAGCACAGAGGGCAGAGCGGACAGCAGCAGUGCGUGCAGUGGGGCCGUUGACUCUGAAGGGGGUGGCGGGGCGCAUGAGGGGGAGCAGGCACACGGGGGCGAGGGGGAUGGGGGCGUGGCGGGAGGGGGCGUGUGGGUGAGGGCGAGGGGGGAGGGCGAGGCGGCGAGCAUGUGCUGUCUGCUGCCGGCUGACAUCGUGCCCUUCACCCGCCGCCCACUCGUGCUCAUUGUCGACAGUGACAAUAGCGCUGCCUUCCAGUGGCUGGGUGGCAGGGAGCGAGGAGAGCCGUGCGCCAUGCUGCUCUCGCCCCGCCUGCAGCCCGACAUCAGCACCGCUCCCCGCCCCUCUCAACCUUCCUCCACCACUGCCACCACUCCUGCCGCAACCAAUGCUGGUGGCACCGUCCCUCCCUCCUCUCAAUCCGCCUCGGCUGUUGCUGACACGGCAGCAGAGCCUCCGGCUACUGUCAAUACUGGCCCUGCUUCUAUCCCCUCCACUGCACCGUCUGCUGCCCCCACGUCUGAACCCCCCUCCUCCUCCCCCACCUCCGCUGCAGCGCCCGCCGCCUCCCUCGCCACGGCCACGCACCUGGCGGGCGGCAAUCUCUUCACGCUCUUCCUCACCGCCCCUCUGCAGGCCUUCUGCCGCCUCACUGCCGUGCCCCUGCCCGACAUUCCCAAGGAGCAGUACAUGGGGUGGGAGCGGCAGCUGGCCAUGCUGCUGUCGCAGUGGGGCUCAUCUCUCGCUGCGUGCCCCACGCUGCCCCUGGCCUGGGCGCGCCUGCUGCUCGACCCCUUCCUGCGCCUCUUCCUCCUCAGGUUCAUCUUUGCACGUGCAGUGCUCUCACUGCAUGUCUCCUACGCCACCCGCCCGGCCUUCCAUCCCCACUGCCACCCACCCCUGCCGCCCACAACCCUCCCCUCCCACCCCUCCAUCUACUCCGCCGUCCGCCACCUCGCACAGCUGUGUGGUGUUGCCGCCCAGUUCCUGCCGCCCGACAGCAGCGCCGGCCAAUCGUCACUGCCGGAAAAGGACGAGCGACCUGAGGUGGUGGGUGGUGCUGCUGGGGGGGCUGAUGUUGAAGCAGUGGGGGCAGUGGGACGUUUUGAAGGAGGGGAGGGUGGGGAGAGAAGGGGCGGCAGUGGUGCAGAGUCAGGUGACAGCACUAUUACAGGCACGGGCACAGAGGGUGGGAGUAAGAGUGGGGAUGAGGGAGGGAGCGUUGUGAGUAUGGAAGAGAAGAGGCAGCGGUUUGCGGCGGGGAGGAGCGGAGGGGUGCCGGUGCUGGGCGGCUUGGGAUUUGAUUCUUUCAGACAAGACCUGCCGCUUGCGGGCGGCACUGCAGUGCAGCGAGGGAGUGAGGCAGAGGGCGAGUGGGAGCGCCCUGCUGUGGGGCGCGAGGGAUGA